AGGUAGACUAGCUAGUCCACCCGCUGGUUCAUUGUAGGGUGGCCACGCAACAACAGGACUUCGGCACGUUACGCAACGUAGACAACACAGCAAUCAUUUCAGUAUUCAGCCAUGGCCAACACGGAUGGAAGAUCUUAUUUUAAAAGAAGCAGUUGGUUUUGGAUAAUAACCGUAACUGUAUCCAUGGGGUACUACACAUGGGUUGUGUUUUCGUCUGAGACAGUCCCAUGUGACCUGUUAGGCCCACUCGGUUCCCUGACCAAGUAUUUGGUGGACAAUCAUUCCUCUCUUAUUUACAAUGGCUGGUGGCUUGCCUGGGCUAUUCACUUGUUUGAAGCACUUGUUGCCAUGAAAAUUUGCAGUGAUAAGGGAGUGGAGAGCCCAACAGCGCGCUGCCUGUGGUUUGUCCAGACCUUCCUGUAUGGGUUCGCCUCUCUCGGCCUGCUCAUCAAGUACAAGCCUGACCGCCUCAAACAAAAAUGACUAAGUCCAGAAGAACAGCCUCAGUGAACAAGAAACAUCUCAGAGAAUAUGUAUGAAUACUGUGAUUUUUUUUAAUUUGUGGAACAAUUUGGGAGGGAAAACCAUUUGCAACAUAAUUUUUUUAUUUCCUUCAGUGAAAAUGCCAUCACUUUGAAACUUUUUAAAGUGAUGUCUUUGAAGCUAAUACGAUUACUUUUUACUUAACUAUGUAUGACAUAUUGAGCAUUCCUUGUAGAGAACUAAUUUAAUAAUAAAUGUUAAAGAGAUAA